GACUAGGGGGGCUCCGUUGUAAGGGAGAGCACCAAAGUAUUUUGUGUUGUUUACUUUGAGAAUAUUUUAAACAGGACACUGAGCAUACAGAGGAACUGGUUAAUCUUAAACUUGCAUGAUGGCUAAGCGUCUAUUUAAAGGCUCUACAUCACCAGUCUUAGACCUGGGAACCAGGGCUGAGAUGCUCCCCACUCAGAGGGGGCUGCUGGAAGAGAGGACAGGCUAUCGCAGUCGUCAGACACACAAGGACGCAGGGAAACGGGUUGAGUCUAGUUUCAGAGAUCAGCAGAGAGUGGGCAAAUACCAGCAGUAUCCUGAGAACGCAGCACGGGAGCGGAGCCGGGUUCGAAAUCUGCGGCAAGCGUUCCACAGCCUCCAAGCUGCCCUUCCCUCCGUCCCGCCCGACACCAAGCUCUCAAAGCUGGACGUCCUGGUGCUGGCCACAAACUACAUUGCCCACCUCACACAGAUCCUGGACCAGGGCAAGACAUUCCCAGACCGGACACAGCCCUUCAGAGUGCAGGGUUACCUCCACCCUGUCAAGAAGUGGCCAAUGAGAUCUCACCUGUAUUCCGGAGCAAUGGGGGAAUUCCUGACAGGAGCUCAGGCCCAGCAGAAGCAAUUCCCCUCAGGAGAGGGGGUAGUUAGAAUGGAAGAGACACCCUGACUCAUAUACAGGAUUGGUCAGUGCAAGACUCUUGUCACCUGGGUGCAUUUGCACUCCAGCAGCAUGUUACUGUAAUCCCAAAGGGACGAAAUCCCUGGGAAUAUAGGGAGGUGCGUCUAUGUACGUAUGUACAUCACAAUUUACAUUUUUAUGGAAAAGUUUUAUUCCAAUUGUGCUGAAAGUAUUAUUUAGCAUACGUUAUUUCUGGAGAUAUGUGGGAGUGAUUGUCUGUCAGUACAACACUUGUCAAUCUGCAUGUCACAAUUACAUUUUUGUAUAUAUCUGUAAAACCGCUUAUUUAAUUGUGAUGAAUUUAUUAACCUUUUAUAGCGCACAUUUUUUGUCACAACAAUAGCUCCAAUUCUAAAAGUACAGCCAUGGCGGGGAUGUAUGUUACAGACAUACUUGUUUAUACUGUAAAUUUCCCCCUACUGACUAGUUCCAUAAAAAGAUCAGCUCACUAU